AAACUCUUUGCAAAAACUGUAAAAUGAAAGUGACAAAUGCCGGAGGAAGAGUUUUCACAGAUAUUUCAACGCAGUGUGAAGAUAAUAUUGAAGAUUUCCAGAGAGAGCUACAGCCUUCCUGUAAAGGUGGAGGAAGAUCAGAAAAUAGGGAAGUUAAGACUGAUGAGCAGAGGGAGUUGCACGAAAUAGAAUCAUUAUUUGAUACACUACAAACCUGCUACAAAAAAUUCACUGGAAAAGACAACGUAUUAGAUUCCAAUGCGCAAUUUUACGACAACGUUCACGAUAAUAUAAGGGACGCGCUUUUAAAGAUAUAUGAAAUCAUGGAAUAUGCUGAAAAGGCUAAAAAGCAACAUGCAAAGGACGUGAAAAAGGCUUCUCAAACUGGGAACAAUGGAAGAGUGGAGAAUAUUCAAGGAAGUGCAUAUGAUAGUACAGUAUCUGAUAUGUACGCUAAGUUUGAGCAGCAGAAAAAAGAAAUAUCUGAUGCUACAGCACAGAAUCAAGCACUGAUGUCAACCUUGCAGGAACAUACAAGGCUGCACCGAGAACUCGAACUCAAAGUUACCAAUCUUCAACAAGAAAAAGAAUCUCUGCUUACCAGAUUAAGCACUAUUGCGGGAUCCCGACUAAGAGAUGGGAACCCUUCCAUCACAGACUUAAGUGAUGACAACAGACCACUCAAUGUAGCGGAGAGGUUCUCAGAGCUCUAUGACAACGAAUGGUCAGAUGCCUUCGAGAAAUUGACCGUUGGUAGAAGUGAAGAGGAAACGGUCCAGAUAUUGCUGGACCUUCUACAGAAUAUUUAUACCAGCUGUGAAAUAAUAAGCGAACAACAGCGGCAUCAUUUGGGGCAGUUUGGAAUAUACUUUGACGACGAGGUAGAUCCUACAGAUGUGACUGCUGAACAAGGACAAAAAUCGAAGGAAAUGCAAUUGAUGUGUGGAACCGUCUCUGUUGGUCGAGUUCAAAAGAAAAUCAAAACCGACAAUGAAUUUCAAACCAAAUAUGGCGAAUAUAUUGACAGCUGUGAAAUUUACAUAAAAGCAUCUAUUAACAUUUGUUGGAUGAUGAAAAUGCAAGAAGUACCCAUGUUCUUGGAUUUUACCUGCCAGAGGGAAGGUCCUUUGAAUAAAGAUUUUUACAAGGAGUACACAAAGAGUGGAAAAUUAUGUGAUUACUUGGUAUGGCCUCUUCUCCUUCUUCAUAAAGAUGGACCGGUCAUGCAAAAAGGCAUUGUUCAACCUUUGUAAAUAAUCAAAACAUUAAAAAUUUAAGCAUGUCAGUAGUUAAAUUACACACGAGGGACGCGUUAUUCAGAUAUUACAUAUAAAAGGUCUUUCCGAUAUUGUGAUCAAGGAUCUAAUACGUAAGA